AUGUCGGGUAAGGCUAACAAGGCUUUCACAAAAGAGGAAGAAUUACUGCUUCAAGAUUUUAGCCGGAAUGUAUCCACGAAAUCUUCUGCCCUCUUUUACGGAAACGCUUUCAUCGUAUCAGCUAUUCCAAUAUGGUUGUUCUGGAGGGUGCAUGCUCUAGAAGUAAGCUCGUCUCUGGCGUGGUUCGCGAUGGUAACGACAGCAAGCACCUGGCUGCUUGCUUUGGCGUACAGGAACACCAAGUUCCAGCUGAAGCACCGCGUAGCUGUGCGCAGAGAAGACGCCGUAGCGCGCGAGAUGGCCCGCAAACUGGCUGACGACAAGAAGAUGAGCAGGAAGGAGAAGGAUGAAAGGAUCCUGUGGAAGAAGAAUGAGGUGGCUGAUUAUGAAGCUACCACCUACUCCAUCUUCUACAACAAUGCUCUGUUCCUGACCAUUGUCAUCCUCAGCAGCUUCUACAUCCUGCGCUCAUUCACACCUACUGUUAACUACAUCGUGUCCCUGACGGCUGCCUCAGGACUGCUGGCUCUGCUCUCUACCGGCACCAAGUAA